AUGAAUAGACACUUAAGUAAGCUACUUAAAAAAUCAUUCUCUUUGUCAACUAAACCAAACCAAAACUAUACUAUGCCACAUCCCAUAUGGAAUAAACCAGAAUUGGAGAAAGUUAGCUUGGAACAUAAAACUGCAAUUACCUUUGGAGACCAUUUUGCCUACUACUUCAUUCAAUCAAUGAGACUUGGAUUUGAUGUCAUGAGUGGAUAUAAAAAGACUCUACCAUUCUAAUCAGAAUUGGUGUCAGAAAAGAAGUGGAUCAAUAGAGUUCUAUUUUUGGAGACUGUCGCUGGAGUCCCAGGAUUUGUUGCUGGUAUGCAUAGACAUUUGAGAUCAUUGAGAGGAAUGAAAAGAGAUUAAGGAUGGAUUCACACCUUGCUAGAAGAGGCAGAAAAUGAGAGAAUUCAUUUGUUGACUUUUUUAAACAUCAAAAAACCCUCCUUAAUAUUCAGAACUGGAGUGGUUUUAGCUUAAGCUUGGUAUGUUGCACUAUUUGGAGUGGCAUACAUUUUCUGGCCUAGAGUCUGUCAUAGGAUUGUGGGAUACUUAGAAGAAGAAGCAGUUAAAACUUAUACUCAUAUGAUUCAUGAAAUAGAAAGAGAAGGCAGUCCAAUUCAUUCUUGGACCACUCGCAAAGCCAAUCAAAAUUCAAUUGAAUAUUGGGGAUUAGAUGAAAAUGCCACUCUACUGGAUGUCGUUAAAGCGAUAAGAAAAGAUGAAGAACAUCACAAAGAUGUAAAUCAUUACUUUGCAGAUGACUACACUUAAUCAAAACCUAAUCCUUUUCCUCCAGGCAAAUGA